AAAAACUUUUCCCCAGUGUUUUAAAGACCAUCCUUGUUCAUAAUAUGAAAAUGAAACUACCUUGUAUUAAUCCUGAGCUAAACCAACUGGAAGGAGAUUUAAAGGACAUUUAUAUAAAAAUUUUGUCUCCUCUCUCACUAGAAGACGAUGAUAAUGACAGAAAAUUUUUGGUUGAAAGGUUACUAACUAUAACCCCACAACCUGACGUGGUCUCUGGUGAAGAGGCAAAUCGUGAUGAUCUUGGUGGUGAUGAUGGGCUGGUCUAUCAAGUCAAGUCAUGUCUUUGGAAGAGUCCGUUCGAAUUGACGAGAAUACUUAAAGUAGAUUACAAAGAAGUGACUAUUGGGGAUAGCAAUUAA